AUGCCAACCACCACGUCCUCACCUGAUAAAUCAAGACAAACCUCGGCUGGCAAAUCAUUCUUUGGGAGGAAGUUGCAUAAGGAAAAGCCAGUAGAGGAUCGAUAUGACGGGCCCGGAUCAUUCGAGAACCUGGCGCCCCCCGGGAGCUCAGCUGGCUCUCGAUCGUCCCGACAUUCGAAAAGAUCAUCGGUUCUGUCUGUAGAUUAUCCACAUGAUAUUGAUCCCUCCGGACUGUCAAUGACCGCUGGUGUCAUAACGUCUAUCCCUUUCGAAAGUCUCCCUGCGGAUACCAAGACACCCAUCCCAAUCGAAUACCUUUCCAAGCCCGAGCCGUCGCGAAAAGAGCAAACUUCUAGUCAUCCGUCACCUAAUCACCUGGCUAAAGGGGCUAGUGACUUCCAUCAAUACCCUGCAUGGAACCCUUCUUCCGUCCGCGAUAACAAUACAUACUCACACCCUACUGGCCCUCGUCCACCACCACAUGCCUCGAAUUUAACAAUGACCGGAAGUAAUACGGGGGAUAAAGGUGCACGGUACCAACAAUGGGGACGACCAGGAAGUUCAGCCGCCAAUACUGGAUUCAGUCACAACUCUUCUUCGACGGUUGAUUCCUCAUCUAAUUCACGUAUAUCUUUUGACCAAGCUAGCGUCCAUUCCUCGCUUUCCUCGAACACCCGCGGUUCCAGUCAUUUCUCGUCUGAUGGAUCAUCACGUACACUUACGACUCAUUCGGCUGAUCGAAGUACCUAUUUCCCGAGUGGGAAUCCAAACCGACUUUCGACUCAGUCGAAUUGGCAGCCACCGCCGGCUGCACAGCCGAGACCUUCUCCGAUUAACCCUGAACAAUAUCUCGCUCGACCGAGGGAUGAUCGUGUUGUCGACCAGCUAUUCCUGGAAUUGAUGCAGAAGCGAGGCUGGCAAAACCUCCCAGAACAGGCGAAGAGACAGAUGCUCGCAUAUCCGGCUUCUAAGAAAUGGACACUUGUUCACCAAGACAGGCUGACAGAGCUGCAAGGGGAACAAAAGCGCAGACAGAAUGCGCGCCAGACACAUGGUCAGGACGGCCCAGUUGGUAUUCUUGAGCGAGCGGAUGAGGAAGGAAGCCCGGAGUGGUACGUCAAGAAGGUCAUGGAUGACUCUAUUACCUCGAAGCAGCUGGCUAGCUUAAGUGUCAGCCUGAGGACACAGCCAAUUAGCUGGGUGAAGGCCUUUGUUGAGGCACAGGGUCAAAUAGCUCUUACGAAUGUUCUCUCGAAGAUGAACCGCCGCAAAGCCUCAGGUCCUGUCCCGGCCCCUCCAACCGGUGAUAAGGAUCUAGAUCGCGAAUAUGAUAUCGUCAAGUGUUUGAAAGCCUUGAUGAACAAUAUGUAUGGUGCGGAUGAUGCUCUAGAUCACCAGCAGGUCAUUAUAGCUCUUGUGAGCUCGUUGCUCUCCCCUCGGCUUAAUACUAGGAAACUGGUCAGCGAGGUCUUAACUUUCCUAUGUCACUGGGCGGAAGGACAUGGCCACCAGAAGGUUCUCCAAGCCAUGGAUCAUGUCAAGAACCAUCAGGGCGAAACCGGGCGUUUUGAUGCCUGGAUGCGGAUAGUUGAAGUAACAAUUGAUGGCCGUGGGAAAAUGGGUAGUUUAGUAGGUGCGAGCGAAGAAUAUCGCAGCGGCGGCAUCGGAAUGGAAAACCUUCUUAUGGAGUAUGCCGUUUCCACCAUGCUUCUUAUUAACAUGUUAGUUGAUGCGGGGGAGAACGACUUGCAAUUACGAUGCCAUAUCAGGGCCCAGUUCAUCUCUUGUGGAAUUAAGCGCCUUUUGACGAAGAUGGAGGGCUUCCAGUAUGAGGUCAUCGACAAACAGAUCGAACGAUUCCGGGAGAAUGAGGCCAUUGAUUACGAAGACCUUUUACAGCGGGAGAGCAGCAGUAUGAAGGAUAGCAUCGAGGGUGAAGUGAAGGAUAUGAGUGACCCGCUGCAAAUCACCGAUGCUAUUGCAACUAAAAUCCAGGGAACCCGGGCUCACGAUUAUUUCCUCUCUGCUAUGCAACAUCUUCUCCUGAUUCGUGAGAACUCUGGUGAAGAUGGUUUACGCAUGUACCAGCUUGUAGAUGCUAUGCUUAGUUACGUUGCUAUGGAUCGGAGACUUCCUGAUCUCGAUCUCCGACAGGGCUUGACCUUUACCGUACAAAGUCUUCUAGAUCGGCUUCAUACCGAUGCAGAAGCGAGACGGGCAUAUGAUGAAUCUCUAGAGGUCCGUCAAAUUGCGGAGGCUGCAAUCGCUGAACGGGAUGAGAUGAAGGCACAGAUUGAACUAGGUGCGGAUGGUUUGGUUAAGAAACUACAGAAACAGAUUGAUGAGCAAACAGGCAUCAUCGAGCUUCAAUCGAGGCAAAACGAAAUGAUUAAAGCUGAGGUUGCCGAUCUCCAAAGGCUUCGGGCUCAAGAGCUUCAGCGUAAUGAGUUGGAGACCCGCGAGCUUUAUUUGAUGCUUCGAGAUGCUCAGGAUAUAGCCGCAUCAAAUGCUAAGAAGCACAACAUGGCUGAGACAGAUCCUUCACAUAUGAGAGGUAUCCUAGACCGUGAAAAACUCCUGGAGAGGUUGGAAAUGCAACUCGAAAGGACAAAAACACAGUUCAAGUUAGAAGGCAAAGUCUGGGGUCAACAUGGCCCCUCGGACCGGCUACGAGAGUUACGAGAGCAAAUGGAUGGUGAACCUGAACCCAGCGAUGACUUCCAGGAACAUGCACGUCGGAACCUAGAUAGCAACGCCCUAGGAUCUGUUUAUCGAAAAAGGAGCCUUGUUCCGGGAGCAGAUGAUGCCGUUGGUGAGGGUCUUGGGCAGACUAACAACGAAGAUGGUGAAACUGUGUACGAGAAAGCGCGUCUUGUGGACAUCCAACGACCCCGGAUGAACCCUGCUCAGGCCACUGGCCUUCUCGGCGAGAUUGCGGCGAAAGUACCUAAGAUUGGCGCUGAAGAGGACGAAACGACGGCCGCUGCUGACGAACCGCCUUUCCCUGAAUCAAACACCCCGGCCAUCAGAGUGGACGAGCCUAAAGGGGAGAGUAAAGAUGAAAAGGUCAAUUCAAGCGUUGUUGCUGGUCCUCCCCCUCCCCCG